AUGGAUCAGACUCAAAGAGUCAACCGCGUACUACGAUACCUCUGUCUGGAUCAGUACAAGGAGUCAACACCGGAACUUAUCACAGCCAACAUCAUCAAGCUUCGAUUGCUGCAGUCAUUCAAUCUGGAUGUAGUCUAUCUUCCAGCUCACCCUGGCUUCCCACACGAUGGAGCAGUCCGUAUACCACAGGAUCCUUCAGAACCAGAACGCCUUAUAUGGUUCGACUUUAUGGUCCUGCUCGAAGAUGAACCUGGAGCUGCAACUCGCUAUGGAACCCUGACGAUGGCUCAAGUUGGCAAUGCAUCGCGGCCAGCCUUUUAUAUUGUCAUCUUUCCGAACUCUCCCAAGUACAUGUCCAUCGUGCCACAUGCUGUGGCCUGGCAGGAAGGAGAGUCUGAUUCUAUCGAUAUAAUCGGCACUGGCAUAACAGGUCCUUAUUUUCCAUACCUGAUGCCAGAACAUCUUCUACCCCUGGCUCUCAAAGGCAUCUCAAUGAUCCCCUGGGGAAUCUUAUAUACCAAUCCUGGUACUGGAGUGGUUCUCAAGCGUUGGUUUCCAGUCAUGACAGAAACACGGAGAGACUCGCCAACUGUUCCUCUGCUCCCAGAGCCUCCGUCUAUGCCGCCACGCCCUUCGAACAGCGUAGGCAAGAAACGUCGUCGUGAUUCUGACGACGAAGAUGAGUCUUCAAGAUUGGCUCCUGCGUUGAGAGAAAGAGAGUCGCAAGCGAUGAGGCCUUCAAUUGGGGUUGCUGAUCUUGAGAUCGACGCCAGUUGGACAGAGCACGAUCUAUUCGGCUUUGACUGGUCGCUGCCUGAUCAAUCAUUGCUCUCGGUCUUGCCAGAGACUGCUGUUGGUUCUUUGCUUGGAGCGGGAGUUGCGAAAGGUCAGCAACAGCUUGAACAUAUAUAUCCAGCCUCGCCUCACUUCACCGUCGCCGAGAUCAAUACUGGGUUUGCUGGGGAGGCUUUUGGUUAUACGGAGUACGAUCUCUCCGAGAUGUGGUUGACCGGGCUUGAGGCAAUUGAGGAAGGAGCUAAAUGGAAUGCUGGAUCGAGAACGCUCCUGCCGGCUUCACAAGCCGGCCCUGCAACUACUGUUGACGCACAACAGUACAAGCGAGUUGCACCAUUGAGAGCGAUCGCGCCUGCCCCUUUGACUGUGGAAGCAGGUCCGAGCCACAUCUCUGCAGCCACAGUAUCUGUCAAUUCUCCUUCUGAGCCUCGUCAUUCUUCUUCAGCGCUGGUUCCCUCCUCCGAGGCAGGAGCUACCGGAUCCGAGUCAGAGGAAGAAGACGACAAAGAAGACGCUCCACCGCGUCGACUCAUCGAGUUGCAUCACGAACAUCCAUGGUGCAACCAUAUAUACCUGCCUCCCUCCACCCAAGACGCACUCACCCAACUCCUCGCUCCAGACACCGUCUGCCUACCCGUCAUCACGAACCCCAGCGAUACCGCUGACGGCAAACCCAUGCCCCUUUCUGUCCUCUCAAUCGCACACCCUUGUCUUCACGUUCUGUCAAGUCGCUCUUCUCCAGACAAGUUCUUCUUGCUUCCCAGCCGCUGGGUGGACUUUUUCCAUUGCAGUUUGAAUCAACUGCUUAACAGCACGCAAGGAGAUAGCAAGAGAUCGGCCUUACGUGGAACCAACAAGAUCGUCACGGAGAACCCUACCGUGCGUGAUGCGUUCAAGAGGUAUGGCAUUGAUGGCGUGGAUGGAGGAGCAGAGUUGAGUUGGGGGUUGUGGGAUGCAUGGAUCAGAGAGUUCAAAAGGACAACUCCUUGCGGGAUGACCAUGGAGGAAGACAGGAAUGCUUGUUGCUCGGUCAGAGAGGUUCUGCAGGUUCAGGUUGAUUGGUCGAUGCGGAUGUUUCCUGACUUGUUGAUGUAA